GACUGAAUGGGCAAGUGGCGGGAUCCGACUUCAAUCGGCCGGCCCGGAGCGGGGGCGGAGACGGCACGUGUUAGAGGAUGAUCGGAUUGGCCAUUAUUAUUGGGACCCUGCUUCUGCUAUGUAGCUUGCCCGAGCUAGCCGAGCCUAAAAGGACGUGUUGGCAAGCCAAGUGGUGGCCAAACUUGGCCGAGACAUCGCUAACGAGCAACAUGCCGUGCCGGGGAAAGAAGUGGAAUUGGAACAGCCGAGUUCAUUCAAGCAUGUUCCAAAGAAAGCCCUGUGAGACCUUCCCGCAUAGGCGUUGAAGAAAUGCAACAAGACGAUGUCGUGCACGGAAAGAUGCAGAGCGGUU